AUGAUUUGUCGGAUGGGUUUGUGGGCGGGACCUCGUUGCCAUGGCUCCAGCCCACGACCACAACAGCACAGGCUGACUACUUCCUGUCAUCAGCCCUCCUGUCUGGGUCCAACUCCACAACCUGAGUCGGACAGCGGCUCAGCUUCGACUCCUUCCUCGCGCUCGCAGAGGAUCGCCCAGGCCAAGUGGGACUUCCUGUUUGGAGGCCAGGGGGAGGAGCCUCGCUGCUGUCGAGCUGAAGGCUCAUCCUCAACGCCACUGACCAGUGGCUUUCCCAGCCCCACCCCUCCCUCCUCCCCACAUCUGAAAACAGCUAAUCAGAGGAGGGGGCGGGACAACCAGGGUCCCAAGUUUUCACAUCACAAAGUGCGGCAGAUCGAGGUGGAGCUGGUGACGCCUUACCUCGGAGGAACCAGCCGGGAGACGGGUAUUAUCCGCCGGAGCAUUAAAUACUCUGAGACUGACCUGGACGCUGUUCCGCUGCGCUGCUACAGAGAAACCGACCUGGACGAGGUGAUGCGGGCAGAGGCGGAGACAGCAGAGGAGGCAGAGGCGGACUCUGCCUUUGGGAGUAACCGCAGCGUCCAGGGAAACGCCCCCCCGAAGCCCCGGCCGUUUGAGGCUUCGUCCGAAAACCACGGAGGCCUCAAGUCUCCGAUCUCUGUGGGCAGCCCCCGCCGGCCCUCCGACAGCAACCUCGACUCCUUCAGUCGCCAUUUUGAAAACAUCAUGGAGUCUCACCGGGCCAAAGGCACCUCGUACAGUAGCCUGGACAGUGUCGACCUGCUGACCUCUGGAUCCACGUCCGUGUUCACCUUUGACCUGCCGACCCUCACCCCAGAGAUCCAGAGUCAGAUUUGCGACAGCGCCAAGCAGAUCAUUGAGCUGAGCUUCGCCCCGCUGGCGCUCCCGGACCCGGCCUCCACCUCGGAGACGUCUCGCUCCGAGAUCACCCUCAGUGCCUCGGUGGCCCGGCUCCGAGCCGGGUCCAGAGACGACACUGGCCCUCCGGUCCGCUCCAGGUCAGAGAAGGAUUCGUGGCGUCGCUCCAACCUCAAAGAUGGCUUCCGCAAGGCGACCUCGGCCCCGUCCCUCCACAGCAGCCCCAGACUGGGCGAGAGAGUGUGCUGGCCCCGCCCACUCCUCAUAGUCAUGGCGAGCUACCUGCUGUGCUUGGGGGGCGGGGCUCUGGAUGACAGGUACAUGUACGCCCCGCCCUACCCAGCUGUUUACAGGGAGCGUCUGGUGAACCGCCCCCCCGAGCUGCUGUACCCACAGGCCGACGUGGCUGAGCGCCUGGCGCUCGGCGGCAGCGACGACGAGCUGGCCAACGGCACGAAGGCCGACCUGCAGGCCGCCAAACGCCUCGCCAAACGCCUCUACCACCUGGACGGCUUCAGGAAGUCCGACGUCGCCCGACACCUGAGCAAGAAUAAUGAGUUCAACCAGAAGGUGGCAGAAGAAUAUCUCAAUAAUUUUAACUUCAGCGGUCUGAACAUCGACCAGGCGCUCAGGUCGUUCCUGAGGCAGUUUGCUCUGAUGGGAGAAACUCAGGAGAGAGAGAGAGUCCUCGCUCACUUCUCCAGGAGAUUCAGACGAUGUAACCCCGAGAGUCUGACCACGGAAGACAGCGUCCACACUCUGACCUGUGCUGUGAUGCUGCUGAACUCUGACCUUCAUGGAAACAACGUGGGGAAGCGGAUGUCCUGCAGUCAGUUCAUCUCCAACCUGGAAGGUCUCAACAACGGAAAAGACUUCCCCAAAGAUCUGCUGAAGACUCUCUACAGCUCCAUCAAGAACGAGAAGCUGCAGUGGACCAUUGAUGAAGAGGAGUUGAGGAAGUCGAUGUCGGAGUUGGCUGACGUCCGAACAGACUCCGCCUCCCACACCAUGAAGCGACUGGGUGGGGGGGGGAACCCGCUGCUUGGCGUUGCCCAGCAGGUGGACGGCGAGCUCUACAAGAACGGCUUCCUGGUUCGCAAAGUCCACGCCGACCCUGACGGAAAGAGAACGCCGCGGGGUAAGAGAGGCUGGAAGUCUUUCUACGUCCUGCUGAAGGGUCUCGUGCUCUACCUGCAGAAGGACGAGUACCGUGCGGAGGGGGAGCUGACGGAGGAGGACGUGAAGAACGCUGUGUCCAUCCAUCACUCGCUCGCCAUGAGGGCGGCGGACUACAGCAAGAGGCCCAACGUCUUCUACCUGAGGACGGCGGACUGGAGGGUGUUCCUGUUCCAGGCUCCAAACGCAGAACAGAUGCAGUCCUGGAUCACGCGCAUCAACGUGGUGGCGGCCAUGUUCUCGGCUCCGCCCUUCCCGGCGGCGAUCGGCUCUCAAAAGAGAUUCAGCCGCCCUCUGCUCCCGGGAUCCAACACCAAACUGUCCCAGGAAGAGCAGGUCAAGUCUCACGAGAACCGCUUCAGGGGCGUUUCGUCCGAGCUGGCCGACCUCACGACCUCCACGCCGAACCGAAAGGUCAAAGGUCGUGAGCUGGAGGAACAGAAACUCCGACAGGAUUACCUGGAGUUUGAGAAAACUCGUUACGGUACGUACGCCAUGCUGCUCAGGGCCAAGCUGGCGAGCGGAGACGAGGACCUGACGGCCUUCGAGUCCCGGCUGUUUGACGACGGAGGCCUGCAGAGGACACACUCCAGCCCCUCGCUGCCUCAGGACGCCGCCAACAAGGAGAAAAUCCGUGGAACCAAGACGUCAAAGAGCUUAAAGGUCACGUCGUCAUCGUCCGCCAGCAGGGAGGGAAGCAAGAAGAAGAACGGGAGCAACCAGCAGGCUGAGCUGCAGAAGCAGAGCAGCAACCAGGAGGGGGCGCCGUAAGACGGCAAGCGUGUGGCUGCUGGUGAAGCUGGAGAUGGACACGAAGCAUCAUGGCUGACAUCCUCCUUUAAACCUUUUCUAUUAAACCUCAGUCACAUCGUGAUUGGCUGAGCUAAGGCGUUGGAGAUCAUCGGGGGAAGAGACACUCGUCACAGAAGAAGAAACAUCAGAGACGCAGCUGAUGUUGAAACUUGAAGACGCCAUUUCUGCACAAAACCGCUGCUGAGUUUCAAAAUAAAAGCUUUAUUUCCUGUUCGAGCUUUCAUUUCAGGGACUUUGUGGAAGUGAUGCAGAUUAAGCUUAAACAUCAGAGACUAUUGUGUUUGACGCCAGGACCCUCCAGAGUCCUGAAGGACCCAACAGGACCCAACAGGACCCUCCAGAGCCCUGAAGGACCCCUCAGGAUCCUAUAGGACCCUCCAGUGCCCUGAAAGACCCAACAGUUACCUCCAGGACCCUCCAGAGUCCUGAAGGACCCAACAGGACCCUCCAGAGUCCUGAAG